AUGAAUAUAUUAAUAAAAGUAUUUGUUUUGCUUAUGCUGUUAAGGCAGGCUGCUUUUGGUCAACUCACCACUAUACCUUUAGGCGUAAAGUGCAGAUGCGUUGAUGUACCACUUACAACAAAUCCACAUAUACCACUCACACCAACUGUUGGAGUUCAAAAUAACUUGAUAAAACAAUUUGCAAGUCCCUUGCCAUUUGGCAAUACUUUAAGCGGUUUGGGCGGAUUAUCUUUGUCAAACGGACUGUCUGUUUUUACUACACCACCAAUUGUCAAUACUGCGACAGGUUUAAAUGGUAUGCAAGUAACGCAAGCGCCAACUGCAAACAAUGCUCGGUUUUCUAUUCCUUCAAACGUGCCCACAUGCCCAGAAAACAUACUGGCCGGUAUUUCUAUUACUCCAUUAGUAAAUACUGAAGAACGUAGUUUUGGAAAUAGUGGCAGAGUUCUUAGUACUGGCAACAUUGCUAAUGUUGGCAAUUUAGGUUUAGCCAACAUUGGCUUACAGUUUGUACCAAACAGUGGUAUUGCAAAUAUGCCAGUUCAAUUACAAACACUCUACUGGGCUAAGCGAGUUUGCCGGCAAGCAGUAGAAAAUUGGAGGUUAAUGAAAUUUCCAGCAAAGAAGCCAUUUUUCAAGAAAGCGCCAUUUAAGAGGAGGGCAUUUCAUAGACCUUUAAUAUCGAAAAUCGAACCUGUUCAUUUAGAAGUCGAUGAGGCUAUAAGUGAGUUCAAGAGUGAAGAAGAUUCCGCGUGUGUUGAUACUGACGGCAUAUUCGCCACACAGAAAAAUAAAAAAUUUAAACUCUUUCAUAAAUUGCAUAAAAUUGAAGAAUUCAGAGAAGAAAUAGAAUAUGAAGAAAUGGAGACUAUUUAUGAUGAUUUCGAAGACUCAGAUGAGCUUUAUGAUAUAACAGAUAUAUAUUAUAUGAAUGCAAAUAAUAUACAAAACGUGUAUUACUGUGAUACUGAGGACAAAAACUAA